CUGCACCGUGGAUUGUUAUUUGGUGAGUGCAUGUUAUUGGGGGGAAAGGCGCUCCGCCAAUGGGAGCGCAUCUCCGCGGCCACAUGACUACCCCCCUCCUCUCCCAUUCAUCAGGGCUGGACUGUGUUGUCUUUUCAAUUCAUUUAUCUGCAGGAAUGAUUGCGACUAUCAGUCUAGAGCUCACCGCCUGACUGAGGAGGUGAAAGUUGCGCCACAGGAAGAUAAACCGCAAAAGACAAUAUUGCAUGCAUACAUGAUUUUGCGUGUGCAUCGGAUGAGCGGUAUAGGGGAAUUCCUCGCGUCGUAGAAAGUAAACAGGAAAGCGGUGGAUUUGAGAGUUUGCUCAGUCGAGUGAGGUCCAAGAGAUAGAGAGAGGGGGAGGAAGAAUAUCUGCGCGUGAUUUUUUUACUUCUGCUCUCAGUCGUCUCGGCGAGUCUAGACUGAAGAUGCUCUUGGACGCAGGACCGCAGUAUCCCACCAUAGGAGUCACUACUUUCGGCUCCUCACGGCAUCACUCAACAGGCGAAGUCACAGAGAGAGAAGUGGCGUUGGGGAUAAAUCCGUUCGCGGAUGGGAUGGGCGCCUUCAAAAUAAACCACAGCUCCCACGAUAUCGGCUCCGGACAGACGGCGUUUUCCACCCAGGCGCCCGGCUACGCUGCAGCCGCCCUGGGACACCAUCACCACCCGACCCACGUUGGCUCUUACUCCACGGCGGCGUACAACUCCACCAGGGACUUUCUCUUCAGAAAUCGGGGUUUCGGGGACGCCGCCGGGGCGCAGCACAGUUUGUUCGCCUCUGGAAGUUUCGCAGGGCCACAUGGACACUCAGAUGCGGCGGGGCACCUGCUCUUCCCGGGGCUCCACGAGCAGGCGGCGAGCCAUGCGUCCUCCAACGUGGUCAACAGCCAGAUGCGGCUGGGCUUCUCGGGGGACAUGUACGGACGCGCCGACCAGUACGGCCACGUUACGAGCCCGCGGUCCGACCACUACGCCUCCACCCAGCUGCACGGCUACGGCCCCAUGAACAUGAAUAUGGCCGCGCACCACGGAGCCGGGGCCUUCUUUCGAUACAUGAGGCAGCCGAUCAAGCAAGAGCUCAUCUGCAAGUGGAUCGAGCCGGAGCAGCUGACGAACCCCAAAAAGUCGUGCAACAAAACUUUUAGCACGAUGCACGAGCUGGUGACCCAUCUGACCGUGGAGCAUGUGGGGGGACCCGAGCAGACCAACCACAUCUGCUUCUGGGAGGACUGUCCAAGAGAGGGGAAGCCGUUCAAAGCCAAAUACAAACUUGUGAAUCAUAUCAGAGUACACACGGGAGAAAAGCCUUUCCCCUGUCCGUUCCCCGGCUGUGGCAAAGUAUUUGCCCGAUCGGAAAAUCUAAAAAUUCACAAAAGGACUCACACCGGGGAGAAGCCUUUUAAGUGUGAGUUUGAGGGCUGCGACAGGAGAUUUGCAAACAGCAGUGACCGCAAGAAACACAUGCACGUCCACACGUCGGACAAACCGUAUCUGUGCAAAAUGUGCGACAAGUCCUACACACACCCCAGCUCCCUCCGAAAACACAUGAAGAAGGUCCACGAAUCCACCAAUCCGGCCUCGCAGCCGUCUCCAGCGGCCAGCUCGGGCUACGAGUCGUCCACACCUCCCACCAUCGUCUCCCCGUCCACAGAGAACCAGAGCAGCAGCAGCUCCAUAUCACCAGCAGCCUCGGCAGUGCACCACACAGCCAGCCACAGCGCGCUGUCGUCAAAUUUCAAUGAAUGGUACGUGUAAAUAUUUUUGAGAAACACAGAAAAGAAAGGAAAAGAGGGAGAGAGAAACUGCAGAAUUUUAAAAAAGAAAAAUGAGAAAAACUGCUUGGAAUCAAAGUCAGCCAGUGAAACGUGGACUGAGAAGAGGCCCAGACGAUCAAUUUAAAGGCAGUGACAGAAUGCAUGGACUAAAGAGGAGGCAUGGACAGCCACCAAGUUUUACUUCUUUCCUCUCCCCCACACACACACAAAACCCACAGUAUUUCUUUUGAGUCUUUUAUUUUUUACCGAGAGACUGCUCACACAAGCAUGCGAUCUGCGAGGCCUGAAUUUUUCUUUUUUGUACAUAAAAGGAUUUCACCAAGUUUUGGGGGAAAUGAAAAUGUUAAUAUUUUAUUUUGUAAAUAGUUCUAUCACAGUUUAAGGGAAAUUUGUGAAGAAGAGAAAGAAAAAAAAAUGUGGUCCCUUGAUAUAUUGGAGAAAUGAGAUGGCUCUAAGAAUAUUUGCGAUGAAUAGACUUCAUUGAAGAGAAUGUUAUAGUUGUGUACCAAAUGUGAAUUAUCCAGUAUUACUACAGUCUACACGUCGACCUUAACCGACUCUUAGUAUUAAUGUGCUUUUGUAGCCUAUCCAGUGCAACAUUUUCGUCCAAGGUCCAGUUUGAGUAGCACAGUAUCAUUGUUGUUAUUUAAUGUCAUGUCGAUAAAUCGUGUAGUGAAAGCCUGAAAACUCCGUGUCAAUCUGUUUAUGUACGUGAUAAAUAUACAAAAAAAAAAAAUCUCUGUCAAUUUAUUUGUCUGAAAGGAAGUAUUAUUACAUGUAAGUAGCUCAAUUUUCCAUAUUUAUCCGCAUGUAAAGGACCGGUUAACAUGUUAGAAAAAUGGUCGGUAUUUAUGGAGAAAUGCGCUCGUAUGUAAAAUUUAGUUUACAAAAAAAAUGUUUGGAUACAUUUCGUACUAUAUUAAAGAAUUAAAAAAAAUACCAGAAUG